GUAGAUCGAGUCGUGUAAUCACACGAGUACUAUAAUACAUAAACUCUAUUUAAUAGAGUUUAUGUUUUCUUAACGUAUCUAAAAAUUUUAAAUAUUUAACAUAUACAAUAUCAUAUCGUCUGUGAAAUUCUAAUGCCUUGUAACCCACAAAAAAUCCAAAAUUGUGCUAUUAUAUUUUUAUGAAAUCUACAGAAUUAUACAUAGUACUAGUAACACCUAGUAAUCCACAAAUACGCAUUUACUUAGAUAAAAGGGAUUUCUUUCAUCACGUAUCCCAAAUGCACCUCAACAAGAAAACAAUAAUACCUCGUACACCACAAUGAAAAUUUGAAUACCUCUUAAGCAACAUUUGGUAUAAGUCAAACUGUGGUAUACAAGGUAUUUAUUUAAAAAAUAAUCGAUUUGUAAUACUGUAAAUAGUAUUUUUUUAAAAAUACAUUGUUUUUUAUGUUUUUUUUUAAUUGAAUCAAUAAAAAAUGAAUAAAUAUUGUUUACAGAAACAAUUUUGGUAAUUUGAUUUAAAAAUAAUUAAAAAGUAGGCAUUGUUAAAAUAAAGUAAUGUUGUAGUAGGCUGUGUCCGCUAUAACUAAUGUUAUUGUUUUAUUAAAAUAAUUGAUAUUGGUGUGGAUUUCUGUGUCAAAAGUGUGUUUAAACUAGUACUUGAUAUCUAUAAAUUUACUGAGUGAUGGAAAUAGUUACGGUAAGUAUAUUAAAUUAUUAUGUAUAAUAACGAAGUCUAUUAUAUUUAACAAAAAAUAUUUGCACUUAUUUAUUUUGCAUUACUAUGCUAACAUUGUUUGCGUUUUAAUUAAUUUGAAUGUAAUUACGAAUUUGAAGCUAGAGGAGCUGAAGGAUAUAAGCCAUCUGCAACCUGUUGAAAAUAUUAUAAUUGAGGAUUUAAGAGAUGUUCAAAUGUUGGAGCUAGAUGCACGAAAAGACGAAGAAUGUGUUAACAAUGAUUUUAAUGACGAUGACUACGAACCUAAAAAGGAAAAUGGUACAUCAGAUAGCGACGAAGAGCAAGGAAAUAAUGCUGAAAAAGAUGAAAAAACAAAACAGGAUGAGACAUUAACAGAAAAUGAUAUCAAUCAUGGCAAUAUAACGGAAGGAAGGAAAAGAAGUAUUACUGCUCAACCUGAUAAAUGGGCAAAAAAUUCUGCAAAAAGGAGCCGAAUGGAAGGAAAAGCGUACAUGGGGUACAGCAGAACUAAAGAAGGUAAAGUAAAACAGAAUGUCCCAAAAGAAGCAAGAAAAAUGGGUUCUUCUUGCAAAUCAAAAGAGUGCCUUAGAGUAAAAUCCAGGAAUUGUUCAGAAAUUAAUGACGUUCAGCGCAAUGCCAUAUUUACUAAAUUCUGGAGUGAAAUGAAUUGGGAUCAACGAAAAGUGUUUGUAAUCAAUCACAUAGAAAAAACUGUCACAAAAAGAACGUAUACUAAAAGCUUUGAGAGUAGGCGAAAAUAUUCCUUAAAAUAUUUUCUCACAAUAAAUAUGAACAAAGUGCAAGUUUGUAAACAAAUGUUUCUUCAAACACUUGCUAUAGGUGAAUAUUCCGUUCAUGAUUGGGUCCAAAAGGGAUGUUACGGUAUGACUUCUAGCUUCGAUUUGACCUACAAAUCAAACAAACGAACCACUCGACAGGACAAGGUGGAAGAUAAGAGGUUACUAAAAGAAUUUUUUGAUUGUUUACCAAAGUUGCCUUCACAUUAUGGACGUUCAAAUUCAAGUAAAUUGUAUUUAGAAACGGUAAUCCGGAGCCUAAAUCAAUUAUUUAAGUUAUACGAAAUUAAGUGCAAAGAAGAAAACAAAGUAACCCUGUCGAGAACAAUUUUUAGCAAAAUGUUUUAUUCUAUGAACUUGUCAAUUCACCCCAUUAAAAAGGAUAAAUGUGAUUUGUGCACAAAACAUGAAGUUGGUCAAUUAUCAGACAAAGAAUGGAAUACGCACAGACGUAAAAAAGAAAGGGCUCGUGAAGAAAAAAAGAGAGAUAAGGAAGAAGCAAAAAUGAACAAAAAAGGUCGGGUUUUAACAAUGGAUUUACAAGCUGUAAAAGUGUGUCCGUAUGUCCAAGCCAGCACAAUAUUUUUUAAGUUAAAACUGUGUUGCCACAAUUUUACAGUUUAUAAUGUAGUAACGCAUGAGGCAAAGUGUUUUUGGUUUAGUGAAACUGAAGCAGAUAUGACUGCAUCGACUUUUGCUUCUUGCAUUAUGGAAUACCUAACAACAGACUGUCAGAAUGAAUCUGGACCAAUUAUAAUUUACAGUGAUGGAUGUACUUACCAAAAUAGAAAUAAUAUUAUAGCAAAUGCAUUAUUAAACUAUUCUGUAAAUAAUAACAUAGAAAUUAUUCAAAAAUUUCUCGAAGUUGGACACACACAAAUGGAAUGCGACUCAGUUCACAGCUGCAUCGAAAGGAAAUUAAAAGGACGAGACAUUCAUUUACCUAGUGAUUAUCUACGAAUAACAAAGGAAGCAAGAAUGAAGCCCUUUCCAUAUGAAGUUAAAUGUAUGCAAUAUUUUAAUUUUAAAGAUUACUCAAUCAAGAAAUAUCAAAGAUAUGCAUCUAUUAGACCUGGAAAGGUCACAAAUGAUCCUGUGGUCACCGAUAUUAGAGCUCUCCAAUAUUUGCCGAAUGGAAACAUUUAUUACAAAUUGGAUUUUGAUGAUGAAUGGCGAGAACUUCCACAACGACAAAAACCUGUUUCUCAAAUGGUAGAAUGGCCACAAAUGUAUAAAGAGAAACGAAAAAUAAAAUUUCAAAAAUGGCAACAUUUGCAGCUGUUAAAGUCAGUAAUACCUACUGACUGUCAUAGUUUUUAUGACAGCUUAAAACAUGAUUCAGAGUAAAAUUUUUUAGAGAAUUUAUUGAUUCGUAAUAAAAGUAGUUUUUCCUAAA